AUGCGAAUCCUAUUGUGCAAAACCCCCCGAAAGAUACCUUUUCAUCUCCGUAAACAGACAGAAGAUAAACUGAAAGAACUGGAGGAAAGUGAUAUUAUUGAAUUUGUUCCAUCAGAGACAACUACACCUUUUGUAUCAAAUCUUGUUGUUGCACCAAAGCCUAAUAAUCCAGCUGAAGUCAGAGUAUGUAUAGACAUGCGACAUAUGAACCCAAUGAUAGAGCGAGAACGUCAUGUUAUCCCUUAUAUUGAGGAACUCUUUGAGGACAUGACUGGUGCAACAAUGUUUUCGAAAGUGGUUUGA